GACAGCUAAUCGAGUAAUAGGAUUGAAAAUAAAAGCAGGGUUAAAUCCAGGGGAGGGAGCAGAGGUUGGGUAUAAAGGCAGAGCGCGGGAGGGGAAGCAUACAGCCAGCCUCACAUCGCUGACGCAUUACACAGAAAACAGGAGGAGGAAACUCGCGAUCCCAGAACACACCCAGGCCACAACCCUUACAAGCAGACAUGACUGCAAAAGUCUAUAAGAAAACCAGCCCCAACACCAAGCUCUCUCUGUACUUGGGAAAGAGAGAUUUCGUAGACAAUGUGGAUUCUGUCGAGGAAGUUGAUGGGGUGGUGCUGGUGGACCCCGAGUACCUCAAGGACAGGAAAGCGUACGUGGUGCUGGCCUGUGCAUUCCGCUAUGGGAGAGAUGACCUGGAAGUGUAUGGGCUGUCGUUCAGGAAGGACAUCUACCUGCACACUGUGCAGGUGUACCCACCCACCGGAGAGGAGAAGAAACCCCAAACCCACUUGCAGCAGCAGCUGCUCAAGAAACUGGGCGAGUACGCCUACCCCUUCAACAUCACGAUACCAACUAACCUGCCCUGCUCAGUCACCCUGCAGCCCGGCCCUGACGAUGUCGGCAAGUCCUGCGGGGUCGACUUUGAGGUCAAGGCGUUCUGCGCGGAGAACCUGGAGGAAAAAAUUCACAAAAGGAAUUCAGUGCGGCUCAUCAUUCGGAAGGUGCAGUUCGCUCCCACCAACACAGGGGAGGCCCCGAAGGCAGAGAUUGUGAGGCAGUUCAUGAUGUCGGACAAGGCCCUUCAUCUGGAGGCUUCUUUGGACAAGGAGAUCUACUACCAUGGGGAGACCAUCCAAGUGAAUGUGAAAAUCACCAACAACACCAACAAGAUUGUCAAGAAAGUCAAAGUGUCAAUUGAUCAGAUGACAGACGUCGUGCUGUACUCCCUGGAUAAAUACUCCAAGACCGUGCUGUCAGAGGAAUUUGCUGACAAUGUGAACGCUAACUCCACCUUCACCAAGGUGUACAGUGUCCUACCUCAGCUCUCCGACAACCGACAGAAGCGUGGCCUGGCGCUGGAUGGCAAGCUGAAGCACCUGGACACUAACCUGGCAUCAACCACCUUACUGCGGCCCGGAAUUGAUAAGGAAGUAUUGGGAAUUCUAGUGUCCUACAAGCUGAAGGUCAACUUGAUGGUGUCUCGAGGAGGCAUCUUGGGAGAUCUCACUGCCAGUGAUGUUGCCGUGGAGAUUCCUUUCACUCUGAUGCACCCCAAGCCCAGCGAAAGCGUCAGCCAGGAAGACAUUGUGAUCGAGGAGUUUGCUCGUCAAAAUCUGCACGGAGAGAAGGAUGACGAAGAGGAGAAAGAGGAGAAAGAGGAGGCCUAAGCAGCAAGGCCUGUCAGAACCAGGCCAGGCAGGUGGACAUACAAAAAGACAGACAGAGACAGACAGGCAGAUGGGCACUCCUGGACCGACCACACCAGCUUUUUGGCCCAAGUUAAAAAGUGUUCUGAACAUGCAAACAAUGCUCAGUUACUAAAUAAUAAAGGUAUAUUCCAGGUGCAGAUCACCUUCCUUGUUUAUUGGCAGUAUGGUUUAUUCCAAUGAGAUUUUGACACAGCUUGCAUUAACCCCUAGUGUCAAUUAAUGCACUGUCCCCCCUAGUCUGAAGAAGCCAAGAGCACUGCAGAGACGAAUAAAACUGUUAGAACUCUUAAUGCGAACUUUGUGUGAUUUUUGAAAAAACAUUGCUUUAACAUUCCUUUCUCCAGUAUAUUACAGCAACAUAUAAAAAUGAGGGACGUUUAGGGAAGUUAUAAAGCUUUUAACAAAUAACACUGGAAUACAAAUAUUUUUUACUUUUCAAAGUGCUAGUUGCAGUGGGGUGUGGAGCGGGACUAAUGUUCAGGUUAAACUAGUCAGUUUGAUGGGUGACACUGCAGUAAUACACCACAAUUGCCUAAAAUGCACAGUUUCUGCACUUGCAACUCACAUCAUCAAGGUAACGCCGGCCUGUUCAGCUUGUAUUUAUUUAUAAAUACCUUGUUCAAGGCUUUACACUUUUUAAUAUAUUACUUCUAACAAGUCUCCGGU